AUGGGUCUUUACUCCCUUACUUACACACGCCCAAAAUAUGUGGAGCAGCGAGGGGAGCUGUCUGACGAGAAGACUGAUGGCUCUGUCAAGUCCGGUCGAUCUGGGUGCUCUGCCGGUAUACCGGAUUCGCUAGGUUUUGAUAACAUGAUGAACGGUGGAACAUGCCCGCCCAUGACUGUUCGCGACUUUAUGAACUAUCUGAUCUACGUUGAGCACGGUGCCGAAAACCUUCAAUUCUAUCUCUGGUACAAGGACUAUGUCAAGCGAUUCCAUGAAGCAAAUACUGCCGACAUCUCUCUUGCCCCAGAGUGGACACAGGCCAUGGAGGACAAAGCCGUUGCCAAGAUUCGAAAGGAGCAAGCCAGGAAGAUGCGUUCAUCUCCAGAUGCUGCUUCAAUAUUUCGUGGCACAGACUUUGAGAAGAAGGCCCCAGGGAUGCCUGAAAAGGCCGUCAACCCUUUCAACACUCCUCCCCAAUCCUCCAAUGGGGGCAGCGAUAAAGGCUCAAUAGACGCGGCAUCACAUAGCUUGCCAACCGCCACGUCGUACAACUCGCAAGCUGCUGACGCUUUUCAGUCUGCGGGGGCUAGAUUGCCUUUCACCAUCCAGCCUUUUAGGGAGGAGAUCAAUCGAGUCAUUGCGACAUACAUCAUGGACGAAGCCCCUCGGCAGCUCAAUCUCGCGUCCUGGGAACAGAAGGCGGCUGUCCAGGCCUUGUCGCACACUACACACCCUACUGCGUUUCGUGGCUUGAUCAAGACUGUGGAUGCGUCUCUGCGACGACAAGCUCACCCCAACUUUGUCCGUUGGUCAAUUUGCAACGGCAACCCUGCACGUGUCUUCUUUGCGCGCUUUCUCGGGGUAUUCCUCAUCGUCGCUGGCUUUGCCAUUGCCAUCCCAAUCACUCUAAGCAAGCUCGGGCGCGGAUACCGUGCCUUUGCUGCUGUUGCGUGGGUUCUAGGCAUCAGUACUUUAGUUGCCGCGUACAAGGGCAUGUGUGUCGUCUUGCAUGGCAUGCAUCACCGCCAUGUGCGACCUUGGGAGCUUUUCCUACAAGACGAUGCUGAGGAACCGAACAAGCGCAGCUUCGACUCGUUGGGAAGCGAAAACAGCUACGAAGAUGAGCCUUGGGUCGUCAAGUACGAGAAGCGAAAUGUAGUGCGCAAAGUCUUUGACCGCGAGGUUUGGAUCCAGGAACCCGCGUUGAGACAGAUUCAGGAUACCAUUUUUGUUCAGGCGCUUCUUGCAUCUGUUCUUCUUGGGGGUGCCUUGACUGCUAUUUUUGUGGCCGUUCCUGGGGGAAACUUUUUCUAA